AUGCAAUCUGUAUAUACAAAUAAAGGUCGACUCCGUGGGAGUAAUACUGGAAGUGAAACUACAUUGAAAUUGGAUGAAUAUUUACGUCUAGUUAGUUGUAAAAAGAAUAACAGCAUUAAAGUUUAUGUAAAUGGAAAACUAGAAUUAAAUGCAUCUAUCGAUGAAGAUGCAUACGAUCUAAAGGAGCGAUAUAUUUAUUUAUUUAAAGAAAUUGAUAAUUCAAAUAUUACUGCUCUCGAUAGAGUUCGAAUCGAAUGUAAAUCAAUAACGUUUAAGAAUAACAAUAUUGAUCAGUUACCAUCUGUAUUGGAAUCCAGUACAUAUUCUUUAGAGAAAUUUGUCGCAUUACCAUUUACAGCCUUAGCAAAUCAAAUGUCUGUGCAAUAUCAAUAG